ACACCAUCAUUUUUCUCAUUCUCUCAUCCCCUCUCAAUCUCUCUCUCCCCUCUUUCUCUCUCUCUCUCUCGCCGAUUUCACUUUUUCCAGAUUCCGGCCACCGUCCGGCCAAAUCCACCUCCUCCCAAACCCUAGCCAAUUUUUCUUCUCUUUUUUCAAAUUUUAAAUUUUGAAAAAUUUGUUGUUUGGUGGGUCCUGGUUCUCUCAACCCCUUGUUAUUUUCACUUUUUUACUGUCAAUUACUUUUUACCCCUUUUGAUUCUGACGUUUUGUUUUCUACUUACCAAACAAGUUUUCUCUCACCGGAAAUUUUAUCUUUUUUUUUCCCUCUGGGUUUGUGUUUGCGAUUUAAUGAGCUGCUGCCGCCGACGUGGCAUGCACCCCAACAGCCAUGAACACCAAAACGAUGCGUUUGCCUCCACGUCGGAUUUCGACGACUAUUGCGUCAUCAAAUAACAACGCCCCCAAGCGCAAGGAGCGGGAGAGUUUACUCGACGCGCCCCACAACCCAGCCAAGACGCUCAAGCUUUCCCAUCAAGCCGAGCCGCCGGGUUCUUCGGCUCUGGCCUCCGGUCACCUCCUGGCUGGCUAUUUGGCCCACGAGUUUCUCACCAAGGGCACCCUCCUCGGCCAGCUCUGGGACCCUACAGCCCGAUCCGCCGCUGAGGAACCACCGGUUGAGAAAUCCCCAGAUCGGCGCGAAGCCGAAGCCGAGCCGCAGUACGAGAAGCUGGAGAGGUACGUGGAGGUUGCUGAUUUGCUGAAGACGGAUGGGGCUCAGUUGGCUGGCAUUGUCAACCCUACUCAGCUUGCACGCUUUUUACAGUUGUGAAGAGGCGAAGGUAGGGGCGUGUGUGGGGCACGCGCCGGAAGGAGUAGGUGUGGAUCAGAUUUGGCGUUUGCUUCCAGGAAUGGAAAUUACAAUUUUGUACAAUGUAGGGGAGGGGGGCAGGUAUUGUGUGUAUGACGGGACAUGCAUUAUGAAUGUUGUAUCUGAUGAUUCGAAUCCAAGAUGAAAUAUAUGCACAAUUUCCUUAAAUAUUUA